AAUAUUCAACUCUCUGACCCUACUUAUUUCAAAUCAUCAGAUAUUGAUAUAUUGAUAGGCGGUGAUUAUUUCUGGGGCUUGUUAAAUAAGGAUCGAUUUCCUCUCGCAGAAGGGCCUUAUUUACAAGAUACUAAAUUUGGUUGGAUGGUCGUGGGUCCGAUUAAUAAUAAACGCAUUAAAUCAAAUAAGACUACUUGUCAUUUCACGCAAACUUUAGACACACAAUUAAAACAGUUUUGGGAGCUCGAGGAGGUUCCUAAGAUAGGAGACGGGCUGACUGACGACGAACGCGCCUGUGAACAGCUGUUCGCUUCGACUACGCAACGCGAUAAAGAUGGUCGUUUUUUAGUACGUUUACCACUAAAGGAAUCAGCCGAUGCGCUCGGCGAUACCUACGAUGUAGCUAGGAGUAGGUUCUUAUCAUUAGAACGCAAACUCGAGCGGCUCCCGGACUACAAAAAGAUGUACUGCGAUUUUAUGCGUGAGUACAUUGAGCUAGGGCACAUGUCACUUAUACACACAUACACAAAGCCUUACUGCUUCCUUGUACACCACAGUGUAUUAAAGGAUAGUCUCACUACACGAUUAAGAGUCGUAUUCAAUGGAUCAAUGCCCACCAGUUCAGGGAAAUCCCUGAACGAUUUGCAAUUAGUCGGGCCGACCAUACAAAACGAUAUCUUUUCCAUAUUGUUACGUUUCCGCGAGCACAGAUACGUCGCCUGCGCAGACGUGGCAAAAAUGUACAGGCAAGUCCUUAUUCAACCCGACCAACGGAACCUUCAACUAAUUUUGUGGCGAGAGAACCCUUCGCUGCCGCUAAAUAUUUACCAACUUAAUACGGUAACUUUUGGUACUUCUUCUGGGGCCUUUUUAGCCAUCCGCUGUCUCAAUCAGCUGGCAAAAGAAUGUGCUGACGAAGAGGUCUCUCGCACCAUAUUAGAAGACUGCUACGUGGAUGACCUAAUUACAGGAAAUAAUGAUAAACACGCUUUAAUUGACAUCUGUGAAAAGGUCACCGACGUACUUCAGUCAGGUUGUUUCCCGCUCCGAAAAUGGGUGUUUAACUUUGACGUUUCGCAAUUUUCCUCGUCCAAAAUUACGUCACGCGAAUUGUGUUUAGGCGAUAACUGUCAAAGUAAAACACUCGGCUUAGGAUGGACCAACAACACUGACGAAUUUCAUUACACGGCAAAAAUACAACAGGAUAAUAACGAACCGAUAACAAAGCGCAAAAUAUUAUCGGUAAUUUCACAAAUGUAUGACCCUCUCGGGUUACUUUCGCCGGCCAUAAUUAUUGCCAAAAUUUUACUCCAAAAACUAUGGCUGUGCCGCUUUGAUUGGGACUCGGAAGUACCUGAGGAGGUCGCAUCAGCCUGGCGUAGAUACAUACUCACACAUACCCAACAUAUACAUAGCCUCCGCAUUCCUCGUUAUGUUAUGAAUGCGUCUGCGCAUUGCACACAGUUGCACUUUUUUUGUGAUGCUAGUCAAUCGGCCUAUGGAGCCUGUGCAUAUGUGCGUUCGCUUUCGGGACAUAAUAAUGAGGUCAUAACAGUGCAUCUGUUGUGUUCGAAGAGUAAAGUCGCUCCUUUGAAAUCCGUCACUAUCGCGAAACUUGAGUUGCUAGGCGCGCUGUUAGCUGCUAGGCUGUACGCAAAAGUAAUUAAAUCGCUCAAAGUGAAGUUCGAUUCUGUGUAUUUUUGGUGUGAUAGCACAAUCGUUCUAGGGUGGGUCCGAAUGUCACCCCACACCCUUAAAACCUUUGUUCAAAACAGAGUGUCUGAGAUAAACGAGUUAACCGGGAGCGCGCAGUGGUUACAUGUAAGUAGCAAAAAUAACGCAGCUGAUUUAGUUAGCCGCGGCCUUGAACUUGACGCGCUUAUCAAUAAUUCGUUCUGGUUCAACGGACCGCCCUUUUUGCAUGAACCAGAAUCUGACUGGUUACCUAGUACUUUAUCGCGCACUUCUGAAAUAAUACCGGCCGCUUUACCUGAAAUAAAAACAAAUACAAUUAGUAUGACAAGCCAAGUUAACACCGAUGUAUUCGAAUUCGAUAGGUUUUCGUCUUUUAACCGCUUACGGCGCGCGGGUGCUUAUGUUUUACGAUUUAUAAACAACACACGCAUUAGAAACAAAAUAAAUCGUAAAACUGGCCCGCUGACUGUUGACGAAUUGGAUGCAUCGAUGCAACAUCUGGCGCGUCUUUCGCAAAUGAAAUCUUUUCCUGUUGAGUAUGAUAAGAUGAUAAAUAACUUACCUGUAAAACACACGCGCGGGAUUAAUAAAUUAAAUGUCUUUCUAGACACCGAUAAACUGAUAAGGGUCGGUGGUCGUAUUAGUAAUGCGACUAGUUUUUCAUACGACAAAAAACAUCCGAUUUUGCUUUGUUCGAAACAUCGUUUCACACAGCUUUUGUUUCAGAGUGAACACAUACGAUUACUGCAUGCGCCUCCUAGUCUCCUGCUUGCUACUAUCAAAGACUGCUGGUGGCCUCUCGGAGGCACUAAUUUAGCAAAGCGAGUAGUACGCACCUGUGUAACCUGCAUUCGCAUGAAGGCGAAAACGUUCGCGCCUAUAAUGGACCCAAACGACCUUUCCGCAUUAACUCCAGCUCAUUUCCUUAUUGGCCGACCGCUGACAGCGCCGCCCUGCAGGGACUUGACGGCAGAGACGGGCCGGCUCCCACGCUACGAGACGCUGGAGAAAAUGCGACAACACUUUUGGCAGCGGUGGUCGAAACAAUAUAUUUCUGAGCUGCAGACCAGAACGAAGUGGCAGACGCACGGCCAGGAUAUCGUUCAGAACUCCUUAGUUCUGGUCAAGGAAGAUAACCUACCACCCCUCAAAUGGCGUUUGGGACGGGUGGUAGCUCUGUUCACAGGACACGACGGAGUCUCCCGCGUCGCUGACGUGAAAACAGCGAGCGGGACCAUACGCAGGGCUUUCACCAAGCUUUGCCCUCUCUUGAUGACGCCAGAGAGUGAAGCUGCGCCAGCCCCAUCUACAUCAACACAACCACAUUGAAAGCGGGUGCUUUCAAGGCCGGGGGCAUGUUCGCGAGCCUAACGCCAUCUAGCGGGCAUCCCAAGAAGAGGCGGAGUUUCCAAGCACGGCCGCGCGGGGGCGCGGCGACAGCCUCUAUCACUUUACCAUCUUACACGGCAAGGCACACAAGCCGCUCUCGCGAUUUUUGCCAAUUUUUAUAUAAAGUC